AUGAAAUUUGACAACAUCCUUUCAGAGGUUAAUGGAUUUGGAAAAUUCCAAAUCAAGCUAAUCUUGAUUCAGAUGCUCUCUCGAAUUACUCUGCCAUGUCACUUCCUACUGAAUAAUUUCAUUGCAGCUGUUCCCGCUCACCGCUGCAACAUCAGCACUCUGGAUGAUGGAGGAAUCUUCAGGAAUUUAACUGUAGAACAGAAACUGAGUAUGAGUAUUCCAGCCGAGCAGGAUGGGACUCUGAGCUCCUGUCAGAUGUUUCAACAGCUCCAAUAUCAAAAUCUGUCAGGGUCAACAAAGAACAGUAGUGAGAAUAUAUUUACUGUUCAGUGUCCGAAUGGAUGGGUGUAUGACAACAGCACUUUUAAAUCUACUUUGGCAACAGAGUGGGAUCUUGUGUGCAGCAGAAAAGGGCUGAACAAGGCAACAGCCACUGUUUUCUUCAUUGGUGUUAUGUUUGGAGCCCCUUUAUUUGGGUUUCUCAGUGACAGGUUUGGGCGACGGCCACUUCUGCUGGUUUCUUAUUUAUCAUCCCUGAUGUUUGCGGUGCUAAGCACUUUCUCCACAUCGGAUGUAAUGUUUGCCAUCCUGAGAUUUUUCACAGGGAUGUCACUCGCUGGAAUAAGUAUCAUCUCCAUGGUUCUAAGCAUCGAGUGGUUCAGCAUUGAACACAGGACUUUCUCUGGUGUAAUCAUAAGUCUGGAUUGGACACUUGGGAACUUGAUUCUGGUUGGAAUUGCAUACUGUGUAAAUGAGUGGAGGAUGCUCAUUGUGGCAGUGACCUCACCCCUGAUACUGUCCCUCAUUGCUUGGAGGUGGCUUCCAGAGUCUGCAAGGUGGCUCAUGGCUCGUGGGAGGGCAGAUGCUGCUCAUCAUUACAUCCUGCAAUGUGCCGAGAUGAACAACAGAUCAGCAUGUAUGGCCACCAUCACACCAAGGACAUUACUGGAGUCUGCAGAAACUGAAACCGAAGAUAAGAAGUACAAUCUUGUUGACCUCUUCAGGACUCCAAAUAUAAGGAAACUUUCUAUAUGCUCAGGGAUACUGGGGUAUGGAGUUGCAUUUACAUAUUAUGGGAUAACUCUAAAUAUCACUGGAUUCGAACUAAACCUUUACCUCACACAAUUUAUAUUUGCAUUCAUCGAAAUGCCAAUGAAGAUUGCUGUGUAUUUCUUCCUGGAUAAAGUUGGUAGAAGGCCUGGUCAGAUAUGGGCCAUGCUAUUGACCGGACUCUGUCUCUUCAUCAACAUGUUUGUUGCAAAAGAUAAAUGGAUCAGUCGUACUGUUGUCGCUGUUCUUGGAAAAGCCCUGUCAGAGGCCUCAUUCACAAUCAUGUUACUCUUUACAACUGAACUCUAUCCUACAGUCGUAAGACAGAAUGGCGUCGGCUACACCUCAUUUGUGACACGGCUGGGUGUGUCCUUAUCCCCACUCAUCAUGCUAUUGGAGGACGUGUGGCAUCUCCUCCCUCAAGUCACAUACUGUGCCGUAGCCGUUCUGUCUGGUUUAGUGGCCUUACUUCUGCCUGAAACAUUAAACACACGACUGCCAGAGUUCAUCGAAGACAUUGAGAAACCAAGUGUAGCAUUACUUAUUUUCAGGAUGAAGUUUGAGAAUGUGCUGGCAGAGGUAGAUGGCUUUGGGAAAUUCCAGAUAUGGAUCAUCUUCAUGAUAGUAAUUCCUCGUGUGACUUUGCCGUUUAACUUUCUGCUGAACAAUUUCAUUGCGGUCAUUCCCUCUCACCACUGCAACAUCAGCUCUGUGGAAGACAGAGCUGAUUUAAGGAAUUUAUCCCUGGAAGAGAGGCUUGUUGUUAGUAUUCCAGUCCAGGAGGAUGGGACCCCAAGCUCCUGUCAGAUGUAUACAGAGCCUCAGUAUCAUCUGCUGUUCAACUCCUCCAACAUAACUGACCUAACCACAGUGUCAUGCCAGAAUGGAUGGGUGUAUGACAACACUAACUUCAAAUCCACUCUGGCCACAGAGUGGGAUCUGGUUUGUGAUAAGAGAAGAGUGAACAGAGCCACAGCCACGAUCUUUUUCAUGGGAGUCAUGCUUGGAGCAGCAGUAUUUGGAUAUCUUAGUGACAGGUUUGGCAGGAAAAGAACACUUCUGUUGUCGUAUGUGAUGACCACAGUGUUUGGAUUUGCAAGUGCUUUCUCAUACAACUUCAGUGUUUUUGCUGUCAUGAGGUUCUUCACUGGUUUUGGAAUUUCUGCAAUAAGUAUCAUCACCAUUGUCCUUUGCAUUGAAUGGGUGGACAUCAAGCAUCGAACUGCAGUGGGUGUUUUAAUGAGCAUGGAUUGGAGUGUUUUUACCUCUCUGCUUCCUGUUGUGGCCUAUUUUGUGAAUGACUGGAGGUACCUGACUGCCACAGCAACUGCUCCACUAUUUUUGGCGAUGAUCUGUUGGUGGUGGCUCCCUGAGUCUGCUAGGUGGCUUAUAAGCAAUGGAAAGCUAAACAGUGCUCAUUAUUACCUGAGCAAGUGUGCAAAGGUCAACCACAGAGAGCAGUUCAUGAAUGACCUAAAGCCUGAGAUCCUGUCCAAAGUAAUACUUGUGGAAAAUGAAAACAGAAAGUAUUCCUAUGUGGACCUUGUGAAGACUCCCAGAAUGAGGAGAUUGACUGUACUUACUGGCAUUGUGUGGUUUGGAGUAGCCUGUACUUAUUAUGGAAUCAGCUUGAAUGUCAGUGGGUUUGGUGUGAACAUUUAUCUCACACAGUUCAUCUACGGUGCAAUUGAAAUCCCAGCAAAAGCAAUUAUUUUUUUCAGCUUGAGCAAAAUAGGUCGAAGGUUGAGUCAGGCCGGAACACUUGUUCUGACUGGACUGUGUAUAAUCUGCAAGAUGUUUCUCUCUCAAGAAAUGGGGAUGAUUAAGACAGUUGUAGGAGCUUUGGGCAAGAUGUUUGCAGAGGCAGCUUUUACUACUGUAUAUCUGUACACAGCAGAGCUCUACCCCACAGUAAUUAGACAAAAUGGAUUGGGUUACAGCUCCUUCAUGGCGCGUUUAGGCGUAUCCAUAUCCCCCCUGAUCAUGCUUCUUGAAGAAGUGUGGCUCCCACUACCAAAUAUUGUUUUCUUCCUGGUGGCUUUUGCUGCAGGGCUGUCAGCUUCUUUUCUUCCUGAGACACAAAACAUCCGUCUACCAGAGACAAUUGAGGAAGUGGAACAGACGGGACGAUCAAUCUCCACAACGGAUGAGAAAUCUCCGCCUUAAAAGUUUUCACCAUUGCAACUGAAAAUAUAUGAAAACAGCAGCAGAGACAAACUGUAAACAAAAUACUGGCAUAUUAUCAAGCUUUAUAAUGUGAAGUUAAAAUAGGAUGUAAAACUAAGAGCAAUGAGCAGAAAAACACUGAAUUGCUCCUUAGAGCUGAGGGCAACUGCAGAGUCAGCUGAUUGUUCUCUUUGCAUUCAUCACU